UGGGUAUCGUUGAUAUAGAAUCUCGGCGACCUUCUGACGCAAAGUAGUCGAAAGGUACGGUAGGCUCGAAUUCACGUGGGUCUUCUCGUCGAAGGGACUAGAAGCGAACUGCAGCGAGCCGCUUGGACGCUACGUCAAACUCAUGUGCUUCAACUGCAGGCCAAGCAAACAGAGAGUCACGAGCAGCGCCAGACUCUUCCAAAACUCAUGGAGGCGACGGGCUAUAAGUAGCAGCGUCCGGAUGACAAGGCCGUGGGUUUCUCUCAAAUGAGCCCACGUUCUGUGACCAUUCUUUCGGACACGCCCGCUGGACUCGGCGACAUCGAUCAUACGGAGAGAGCGACCAUCAAGAUGGGGGACGGUAUAUGGAAGGGGAUGCGCGCAGCUGCGGGAGCACUGAUGGUUAUCGGACUUCUUCAGGGAUGCUUGGGAUUGCCUGAAGAAGCCUUGAUAACGCACGUUCCUGGAUUUGAGGGUGAAUUCCCAUCUGCCCAUUAUGGCGGGUAUGUGUCGGUGGAUGAGUCGCAUGGACGCCAGCUCUAUUAUUAUUUCGUCACUUCAGAAAGCAGUACAGCACGUACUGAUCCUCUGGUUGUUUGGCUAAAUGGAGGUCCUGGAUGUUCAAGUUUCGAUGGAUUCAUCUACGAGCACGGUCCGUUUGAGUUUGAACCGGCCAAGGGAGAGAAGGACUUGCCUAAGCUCACGGAAAAUCGUUAUUCCUGGUCCAAGGUUGCCAACAUUCUUUAUGUGGACUCGCCGGCUGGAGUUGGCUUCUCAUAUUCGAAAACUAAGGCUGAUUACCUAACCGGCGAAUUGAAGACUGCUUCAGAUCUACAUAAAUUCCUUCUCAAGUGGAUUGAGUUAUACCCAGAGUACAAGACAAACUCCCUUUUUGUUACCGGGGAAUCAUAUGGCGGUAUUUACGUACCCACAUUGAGCAGAAAUAUUGCUGAAGGCAUUGAAGCUGGAGUAGAACCUGUGUUGAACUUUAAGGGAUAUGCUAUUGGAAACGGAUGCACAGAUCAAGCCUUUGAUGGGAAUGCAAUUGUUCCGUUUGUUCAUGGCAUGGGCCUUAUUUCGGACGAACUUUUUGAGGCUACUCAGAAAGCUUGCGCUGGAAACUACUGGAAUAUCACCACUGAAGAAUGCGAGAAACAUCUUGAAACUAUUGAUGAGGACGUGAAAGAUAUCAAUGUGUACGAUAUACUUGAACCCUGCUAUCAUAAACCGAAAACUCUGGAAUUGUCAGUGCGGCACAGCAGACUUCCCAGUAGUUUCAGAAAAUUGGGUGAGACACAGCGCAAAUUAAAUGUGAGGAAGAGGAUGUUCGGUCGUGCCUGGCCUCUCCGUUUGCCAAACAUAGCGGGCCGUGUUCCAACUUGGGGCGAAUUGGGUGAUGAGGAGUUGGAGGUUCCUUGCAUGGAUGAUCAUGUUGCGAUGGCCUGGCUCAAUAAUCCAGCAGUAAGAGAAGCUCUUCAUGCAGCACCGAUGAAAGAAAUAGGACUUUGGGAGCUCUGUACGAACCAGAUUAUCUUCUACAGUGAUGCCGGUAGCAUGAUUCCCAUUCACAGAAACCUCACAUUGAAAGGCUACAGGGCUCUUGUCUAUAGUGGAGAUCAUGACAUGUGCGUUCCAUACACGGGUUCGGAGGCAUGGACUAGAUCCAUGGGUUAUAAAGUGGUCGAUCGAUGGAGACCAUGGUUUGUGGAUGGUCAAGUGGCUGGGUACACUCAGGGAUAUGCGAAUCAUCUUACAUUUGCAACCGUAAAGGGUUCUGGCCAUACUGUGCCUGAGUACAAGCCUGCUGAAGCUCUUACCUUCUUGCGACGGUGGCUUGCGGAUGAGCCUCUUUGAUUUCAAUCAAAAGUAAAACAGGUCAAGAAUUCAAAGAUGUCAUCGGGUAUCGAGUCAAAUGUAAAAUUGCUGUUGAAGUCAAUGCUCAAAGCCUAAGGUUCACUUAUCGCCGUACUUCUCUUAGCGCAUUUUUUUUACCGUAGGCAGUGAAUGUGAAGACAAAAAGUGGUCUACUGCUGGAAGGGUCAGUAGUUCCUUUCUUUCAUAAUUUAUUGUUAAAGAAAUAAAGAGAAGAAUGAGAUUCUCGUCAUUCUUCGGAAUCGUUUCAGAUAUUUGGAAGUCAACGAGUUAUGACGUUUUUUCUUUACUUACGAGCGAGCAAGCAAGCAUAUAUAUAUAUAUAUAUAUAUAUACAAAUAGUGAGGGCUAGUUACCCCUCAGUUUGGGCUAAUUAUCCUUCACCUUCUCCCCUUUCUACUACUUCUCCCCCAUAUGUCGCGAAGAUUAUAUCACGGAGCUCUAGUAAACAUUGGGAUAGCUUUGACCAAUCAUAGAGCUCUGUUCAGUAGGGUGAGGGAUAACUAGCCAACUAGCCGCCUCCUAUAUAUAUUGUAUUUUGAUGUACCAUUGAAUAUGUUGAAUUGCGCGUAUCAAUCUGA